GUUAAACAAACAAAAUAUAAAACGCCACCUUCUUGGUUGGAUCUAGAGCGCCAUUGAGAGAGGGAUAAGGCCACAAGGGUUUGCGAGAUUUUUGGUACCCGAUUCAAUCUCACACAAUUCGCCUUACCGAUGGGCAAUACUUCCUCCAUGCUCACCCAAUACGACAUCGAAGAGGUCCAGGAGCAUUGCAAUCACGCCUUUUCGCAGCAGGAGAUUGUAUCUUUGUAUCACAGGUUCUGCCAGCUCGAUCGUAACAGUAGCGGGUUCAUCACUGGAGAUGAGUUCUUGUCAGUGCCGGAGUUCGCAGUUAAUCCGCUCUCUCAGAGGCUGUUAAGGAUGCUUGAUGGCUUAAAUUUUAAAGAAUUCGUCGCGUUCCUGUCUGCUUUCAGCCCUCGGAUUAGCCUCCAGCAAAAAAUUGAAUUUUUAUUCAAGGUCUAUGAUUUCAACUCCAAUGGGAAAGUCACAUUCGAUGAUAUAUUGAGUGUAUUACGAGACUUAACAGGAUCAUUCAUUAGCGAGCAGCAGAGGCAGGAAGUUAUAACGCGUGUCCUUGAAGAAGCUGGCUAUAGAAGGGACUCCUCUCUUGUCCUAUCUGACUUCAUGCGGGUACGAAUGUACUACUGCUUUCAGUAUCUCUACUACAAAUUGAGCUUUAGGUCUCUGUUUACAGAUUGAAGGUGCAUUGAGCUGGGUAAAAUAGUAGUACUAAUCUGCGUUGAUUCUUGGCAGCUCUCAGUUGAAGAUGGAGGUUGAGGUUCCUAUUGAUUAAGCUUUACAGGCCUUCAAUUCAACCUGGCAUCUGGCCUGGAUUCCUCUGUUUGAUAUGCAGUCAUCAAUUGACAAUUUUAGAACAGGCUUUCCUUUAAACAUAAUGGUAUUAUGUACAAUAAUUACAAACAACAGUCAUCAAUCCAACCUAGUAUUUGUUUUCAAACCCAGCUUCAAACUUUAUGUUACUAGAUUCUAAACAAUAUGCACAAGUUGGAAGGAUAUCAUACAAUUUAUCCAUCGUCA